AUGAUGGCGCUUUCCUUGUUGAGCCUGUGCGCGAAGGAGGUGGUGAGCGAGCAUAGCUCGUCGCCACACUGGCUGCGCUGGGUGCCCCGCGAACUGUACGGGCCGCUACUGGAGGCCUCGUUCGCCGGAUGCAGACCGCUCGCCGUCGGGGAACUGGUGCAGAAGUGGCCCGAGCGACGGCUGCGAGUCGGCGGGCGCAGGAACCGAGGGCAGCGGCCCCCUAGUCGCCUGUGUGUGCAGGCUCUGUUGCUCGCUGUCGUUAGGGGACUCUCCGAUCAGAGAUCUGCGCUGCGAGUACUGGACCUUUGCGGACUGCAAGGGGACGAGGGUCCAACAGUGGAUUCUAUGGGGGGAUGGUCCCUGACCGUAGCGCUGUGCACCAUGGUGGUCCAGGCCCGAGCCGGAGAAAGGAAGAGGCUCUGCGCUCUGGAACGAGACAGUGACGUGAAACGAGAGAGGGGCCAGCGCAAGAGAGUCAAGGAGGCGACUGGUGACACGAGCAAUUGCAUGAAAGGGUCUGUUGGAGUUUCAGGGGAAGCGGAUUUGGCGAAGGAGGUCAGGCAGACAGAGAAGAGGCGCGAGGGCUCGUGGAUGGAAGAAGGCGGCGGCAAGGAAAGUGGCACGCCGUUGCAAGUCAGGGCGGACCUUUUCGUCAAUGCCCGCUCUUGGGAGCGCGUGUGCGCGGCCCUGAGCGCGGCGGGACCCCUGGAGCUACAGUGUCGGUACCUGCACGUGGAGGAGGUCUCCGUGUCCAGCAUCGGCACCCUUCUGGACUUGCUGCCGCCUCGGGGCCUGCUGGGGGUGGACGUGCGCUACAGCAACCUGGGCGUGGCGGGUCUGGCUCAGCUGCUGCCUCGGCUGGCCGCCUUCCCCAACUUGAGCUCCCUUUGCUUGCACUACUGCAACUUGGACCUUCGGAGGGAGCAGCCGGGGCAGGAGGAGGCGCUCCGAGACCUCUCCCAGGGUCUGGCGCAGCUACGGGGACUGCGACGUCUCAGCCUCACUGCGCUGCGUUUGCCGGGACAACUUCAAGUGCUGCUCAGUUCCCUGUCUCAGCCCCUGGAGGUGCUGGAGCUGCCUUACUUGAGCCUGAGCGCGGGCGAUCUGUCCUACCUGUCGUGCAGCCGGCACGCCUCCUCCCUGCAGCAGCUGGACCUGAGCGAAAACCGUCUGGACGCCCGCUCGCUGCCCUCCGUGCGCCGGCUCCUGUCAAAAGCGUCGAGCAGCCUCCGCCACCUGUCGCUGAGCGGCUGCGGCCUCAGCGACGAGCUGCUGGGCUCGCUGCUGCCUUCCCUGGGCUGCUGCUCGUCCCUGCGGAGCCUGGCCCUCGCCCUCAACCCGCUGUCCACCGCCGGCCUGGUCAAGGCGGUGAGGAGGGUGGCGAGGGUGGCCUCCAUGCGCCAGCUGCUCUACCCGAACCCCCUGGAGGACUACCAACCGGGACUCCCCGAGCUGCCUUCCUGUGCUCAGCUCCUGGAUUGGCCUCUGGACGAGUCAACGGACACGGACGCCACCGGCAACCUCCUCAAAAAAGUGCUGAAGGACUACGGACGCUCGGACAUUGUGCUCACUUGCGACCUGCUCAAUUACGAUAAAGACUCAGCAGAAUGACGGGCAUGAAUGCCCUAUACUCUUUUCAUAUCUUUUUAUACUCAACAGAAUGUAACUUUUGUCAAAAUGGUGAGUCGUCAUACUUCAUUUCUUAAAUAACAAAUGUUGGUUUCCAACUCAUUUUGUAUCCCGUGUACUAAAUCGCUACUCUGUCGCUAGGCAGCUUUUACCCUGCUGCAAUUAAAAAAAUGUAGCAAUCGUUAAAGUUUUUUUUUUUUUUUACACAAUAUGUACACGUAUGUCUCAAAUAAAUAAACAGUGACGUCAUC